CCCGCCCCACCAUGCACCCCUAAUUAGCCCCCGCGAUCCCACCCCAGAAAAAGCCAAUCAUGCUCUGCUAAUCAGCGCGCCGCCAAGUCAGGCUGCGUCCGGCAGCAGACCACCGCUGUGCGGCUCCUCGCCCACCUACCGCUCUCCUCUCCGCGAUUCUCUUUCACGCGCCUCGCUCUCUGCUCCAUCCCGCCCACGCCAUCCGCUUUCGCCCGCGCGCUUGCCCGCCGCGCACGCGUCUCCCUCCCCCAUCGUCGCGCACUCCAACCCCACCAUGCGUCGAGCCGCCUCGUACUUUUUCUUUUCCCUCCGCCGCUCGGCCGCAACCAGCGGCAGGGAGGGCUCCCGCAGCAGCAGCAGCAGCGCCACCACCACGACCACCACUAUCAGCAGCAGCACGGCGCGCACUUUGCGCGGUUCCCACACCCCCGCUGGUGCCGGCCAGUGGUGGCGGGCCCUUGUUUCUCCCAGCCGCCACCCCGCUGCGGGCGGUGCGGGAAGGGCCGCCGGUGGCGGGGGCAAUGCGAGCAGCGCCAACGGGGGCGGCUGUGGUCCCGUCGUACUGCUCGCGACGCGCCGAUUCUCCGCCUCUAGCGCUGGCGGCAGCGGGGGAGGGGGCGGGGGGGUGGCACGGGGGAGGGAGGCGGAGUGGUACGUGGACCGGCACGGCUUGCGGCACUUCCAGCGGCGGGGGGCGCUCUCGUGGCUGGCACAGGCCUCCUCCAAGCACUCCGCGCACGGGGGCGGGGGGCGGCGCGUGUCCCCCGAGGUGGCGCUGGCGGUGGUGGGGGUGGCGGGGGGCGCGGUGGCGUGGGUGUACGUGAGCCACGUGCAAGAGGUGCCGUACACGCAGCGGCGGCACUGGGUGCUGCUGUCAGUGGCGCAGGAGAAACGCAUCGGCGAAGAGGCCUUCCAACAGGUGCGGGAGCAGCACCGCGACCGCCUGCUGCCAUCCACAUCAGCAGAGGCGCUGAGAGUGCGCCACGUGGCAACCAAGAUCAUUCAGGCCACCACGGAACACGUUGACCCGGGCAAACCCCCACUUGUUGAGUACUGCCCGCUCUCCCCCUCCUCCAACCACCCCUCGCACCACCCCAUCUCCACCCCCUCGCCCUCUGGUGCUUUGGGGGGGGGAGAGAAUGGGGGAAAGCAGGCCGGGGCAGAGGGGGGGUCGGGGGGAGCAGGGGAGGGCGGUGGUGGGGGGGGUCAUGGGGAUGCGUUGCUGGAGGACAGCGAGUGGCUGGACAAGCAGCAGCGACAAGCGCAGGCCGCACGGGGCGAAGGUCGGCCAUUCGAGGAGCACUUGAAGGGACUCACAUGGCAGGUGGCGGUGGUGGACGCGCCGGUGCUGAACGCCUUCUGCCUGCCGAGUGGCAAGGUGGUGGUCUUUUCGGGGCUGCUCAAGCGCUGCCCUGACGACAGCCAGCUCGCCACCGUCAUCGGCCAUGAGGUGGCACACAUAGUGGCGCGGCACGGGGCGGAGCGCAUGAGCAGUGCGAUGCUGGUGGCGGCGGUGCAGCUGUUCAUUGUCAACUUCGUGCUCAGCUGGCCCGGCUUCAUCCGCACCGCAUCCGACCUCCUCAUCUCCCUUCCCUUCUCCCGCAUGCACGAGCUAGAGGCGGACCGCAUCGGGCUCAUGCUCAUGGCCAAGGCCGGGUACAACCCCGACGCUGCGCCGGGCGUGUACGAAAUGUUGGACCAUGCGAGCAGUGGCAAGGAGCGAGGGCCACCACGUGCACCGGAGGGGGCGGGCACGGCGGGGUGGGGCGACUUCAUGUCCACGCACCCUGCUGGCGCGCGCAGGGCAGCGCUGCUGCGCGGCAGCGCGAGCAUGGAGGAAGCAAGGCGCACGUACCAAGAGACAGUGGAGAGCACGGAGGGGCACAGGCAGGGUGGGCUGUGGGGUGGAGGAGAGUCGUGGUUCCGCUUCUGAUGCUCCCAUCCCAUGGCACCGCCCCACACCAUGAGCUGCUUGUUCAGUGCUGCCAGUGCUUAGCUGCUUCUUGUGGUGACAAUAUCAUGCAUGGUUGUAAACGC